GCUUCUGAGAAGGGAGCAGUUCCUGUUGUUUAUCGCCAUUUCAGCCCGACUGUUCACAUUUCUCGGUACAGCAUGACGGUCGUGGAGUCAGUCAAAAGCCUUGCGGGCUUGUCCGACAGUGCCACGCAGAAGGAAAUGUCGGAUGCCCGUCUCCCACUCGCAUAUAGGGACUCAUGCGCUCACCUACUUAUUCCUCUGAACCGAUGCCGUCGAGACGAAUACUAUCUUCCUUGGAAGUGCGAGGCCGAACGGCAUACGUACGAAAAAUGCCAAUACGAGGAAUUCAAAAAGCGAGUGGCCAAAAUGGAUGAACUACGGGCGGCCAAAGGAGGAGAACGAAGCAAUUAGAUAUCUUACGGUAGUCGUCCCUAGACCAGCGGCUGAUCAAUAUCGAUUUUCGCGGUUGUGCAGCUGGAAUCAAGUUGUUGAUGUAAAUAUUAUUCACAUUGUUUGCUGAUAUUAUUGGCGUUGGGACCAAUCUACAAUUUCUCACCGUUCUGACGAAUCCGAACCAUUUCACCACUGCAUUUGUUAGGACUACGCCAAACAUUCCAUUUUUCUCUGUCAAGUGACUGCGUGCAUUCGAGUCAAAA